CCUAAUUCUUGUUCUGCGGCCGAAACCAGAGGGAGGAGCAGCAAAGCAGGUAGAGAUGACGACCCGUUUCAAGAAGAACAGGAAGAAGCGCGGCCACGUGAGCGCCGGUCACGGCCGUAUCGGAAAGCACAGGAAGCAUCCUGGAGGUCGCGGUAACGCCGGUGGCAUGCACCACCACCGCAUCUUGUUCGACAAGUACCAUCCUGGUUACUUCGGGAAAGUGGGUAUGCGUUACUUCCACAAGCUCCGCAACCAGUUUCACUGCCCCAUUGUCAACAUCGAGAAGCUCUGGUCUCUUCUCCCUCAGGAUGUGAAGGACAAGGCCUCCAAGGACGCUGCACCUGUGGUUGAUGUUACCCAGUAUGGAUACUUUAAGGUGCUUGGCAAGGGUGUGUUGCCUUCCAACCAGCCCCUUGUUGUUAAGGCCAAGCUUGUCUCCAAGAUCGCUGAGAAGAAGAUCAAGGAAGCUGGUGGUGCUGUUGUUCUUACAGCUUAGUUUUAAAUUUUGUUUGUUUAUCCAUUUUGCGGUUGUUUGCAUACAUCAGAUAUUGUUGGUUUUGUUUUGUUAACAUUUUAUAAUCUUAAGGGAUAUUGAUGUUAUGCUUUUCAGUAUUGUUGGUUUAUGAAACUGAUUUUGAGUUA